AAAAAAGAGGAAGUGAGGCCUUGCUGGUGCUGCACUUUGUUUUUGUUUUUCAUGCAGACGCCACCGUCAGCACCUUUCAUUCAACAGAGCUCCCUCCUUCAGAUGAGAUGGCCGCCGAGGAAUUUGGCGGCGGAAUGGUGGUGGUCUGUGUGAUCCUGGGCCUGUCCUUUCUGGUUGGAACUCCUGGCAACCUGCUGGUGAUCUGGACCAUCCUGCGCCACGUCAAGCACCGCUCUCACACUUUGGUGCUCAUCCUUCACCUUGCGGCCGCAGACCUUCUGGUACUCAUCACCCUGCCCCUGUGGAUAUACUCACUGGCCCACUCUUGGGUGUUUGGAGAGAUCUCCUGUAAAGUCAUGGGCUUUAUGAUCAAUGCCUGUAUGUACGGCAGCGUUUUCCUCAUCACCCUCAUGAGCGUGGAGCGUUUUUUGGCCGUGCGCUAUCCUUUUGCCUCGGCUGGAUGGAGGAGGCAAAAGGCCUUAAGUAAAGUGCUGCUGUUCUUGUGGACUGCGGCCUUCCUGUUCAGUGUGCCCGCCCUCCUCACACGGGUUGUUGAUAAGGAUUCGGGAGAGGAGCAGUGUUUAUACAACCAGUACAGCUCAGCCUCUCAGGAGCUGGUUUGUGUGCUGCUGGAGACCCUGGUGGGCUACGUAUUGCCGUUCUCCAUCCUGGUGGUGUGCUACGGCUGCCUGUGCACUCGCAUUACUCAAAUGACCUUCAAGUCCAAACGCAAGUCUACAGUCCUCAUUGCCAGCGUGGUGGUGGUGUUCGCCAUUUGCUGGACACCUUACCACAUAGGAAACAUACUCUCACUGGUUAUCCUUGCCACGAAGAGGUCCUUCCCAUAUAUUGGUGAUCAUUUGGCUGAUGUGAGCAACAACAUGGCCUACAUCAGCGGAGCUAUGGUCUUCAUCAGCAGCACCAUCAACCCCGUUCUCUACAUGUUCGCUGCCCGCUCCUUCCGCAGGUCAGUGCGAGACACGGGCAUCCGGAAGCUCUUCCGGCACAUCUCCAGCACCUCUCCAGGCGAGGGCAACAGAGAGUUGUCCUUUGUUUCCAAGAGACAGAAGACUGAGACGAGCAGCUCUCAGUGUAACUCUGAGUCAAAAGGGCAAAUUGACAUGUGCGGAAACAACCCAUCCUAGCAACAUGAGCCGGUGGUGUAUGUAUGUGCAUGUAUAUAAAAUAGCUCCUUGUUUUUUUGUGUGUGGUUAUAAUGUAUCUGAAAUGUAACUAUUGACUUGUAAAUUUAUUAACGUAAAUAGAGUAUACUGCAGUACAUAAAUCUUGAAAUAUUUUGACUCUCACAAGAAGACUAAGCUCUCACUCUGUGCAAUUUAACACCACCAUAAACUACAACUGCAUUAAUAAACAAUUAAAAAUAAAAUUAAUACCUCUCUGAUAAUGUCAUUUAAAAAUCUGCCUUGUUAUUGUAAGAGCAUUUUUUGUACUUUAAGUAGUAAUGAUAAUGGGAUGGAAGCAGCACGGUGGCCUCAUUGCUCUGAGGUUGGGUUUUGAAUCCAGGCUCCGGCCUUCCUGUGUGGAGUUUGUAUGUUCUCCCUGGGUUUGUGUGGGUUUUCUCUGGGUACGCUGGCUUUCUUCCACAUGUUAGGUUAAGUAAAGACUCUUAGGUUUGAAUGAGUGUGAAUGGUUUUUUGCCUAUGUCUAUAUGUGCUCUGCGAUUGGAUGGUAACCAUUCCAGGGUGUAUGCUGCCUCUUGCCCAAAGUCAACUGGGAUAGGUUCCAGCACACCCUCGACCCUAAUGAUAAGCGAGUAUAGAAAAUUGAUAGAUAAUGUUAUGGUCAGUUAGUGUAUAUUUAUUUUAGAAAAAUAUCUAUCUAUCUAUCUAUCUAUCUAUCUAUCCCAAUGUAUUCUUCAAAUGAACGUAGUAUUGUGUAUUAAAAGUAAGUUGCAAUAUUGUUUACUUGUAUACAAUGUAUCUCCACAUUUGGAGUUAUUUUAAAUGUGAAGCACAACAAAAAAUUUAAUUUCCUUGUGUUUUCUGUAAAAAUGUAAUACCAAAAUAAAAAAAACAU